GUGCAUGAAUUCAGUUUUAGUUUAUAUCAUGCCGGCGGUGCACGAAUCAACUCACGUGCAUGCCUCUUAUGCAAAUUUAUAUUCUCAAACCUUCCAAAACAUUUUAUAGAUAUAGGCCUAGUACUUCAAUGAAAGAUAUCUUGAAGAGCCGGUUUAGGACCGUUUAUCCAUAAAUGAAGGACCGUUUAAAUGCAUUAUAUAUAGACUGCCUUUACAUAAUUAUGUUUUUAAACGCUGCAGGUUGUUUUGUUGUUAUGGGGUGUGUUGUCAUGGUGUUCAUUUCAUUUCCUGAGGAAGCUGUUUUUCAAUCGUUCAGUUUUACACUUGUGCUGUGACAGAUAAUUAAAAUUUCUAAUAGCUAUAUAUUCUAAAUUUACAGCCAAACACGCAGUCCGACCGUUAUCGCGCAGGAAAAAUAUUGAUCUCGAAACAUGACAUGAACAGGUUUACACAGUGUUACACAGUUUAUGGUCCGUUAUUCUAACAAAUUUAGGCAAUAUAAUUUUGUCAAAAUAGACUGAAGCUAUUGUAGUAAAGGACCGGUAAAAACAAAAACACGCGCCGCGACGAGGCUGAUAAAGGACUACAGAAACUCGAUUAAGUAAUCAUGAUAAUGGCUUUUAUUAAGUGGCUUAUUUGAACUUUACUAAAAUGACGAAAUUUAUCACGAAAUUUUUACUAAGAAAGUCAUACACAAAUUUUGCUCACAUAUUUCCCCCCGAAAAAUUACGCCAAUCUGCUCUCCCUUUGAGGCAGCACUUAACUUGCGAUUGUAACUUUUUAUCUAUAAUUAUUCGUGUAUGGCGUGCAUGCAUGUAUGCGUGUGCAUUCGUUUAUUCCUUUUUAAUUCCAUGGCUUUUUGCGAGAGUUAUGGAAAAUGAAUUUUGUAUUUUGUAUCUUGUAUAGCUUUGAACGUACACAUAUGGAUGCAUGCAAGCUUAUUAGAAUUGCAAUAUUGCCAUAUUUGGUUAUGUUGUGACGAACGUACGUGACGUACGAUUACGCACGCAAAAUAUUUCAUAAUUAUAUACAUGCAAUAAUCCUCGCCUCAUAAAAAGCAUACAGUUAAAUACAAACUGCAGCUGUCAUGCAGUUAUCUUGACAACUACGACUUCGUGUUAGGUAGUUACUGUUGUCUCUCCGUUAUUAAAAUAAAACUACAGCUUAAACAACAAUGUUGAAUUUAGUCUUCGCAAUCUUAAUCUCAACUAUAUUCCACAAAAGUCUUGGUUAUCCUUCCGGAGCUCCGUCUUCAAAAUGUGGCGACAUGACACCGCAACAUGAUGGAGUUAGCUCCCAACCGGCAGGAACUAGUCCAUACAGUGUUAAAGUGGAGAAACCCUAUUAUAUGCCAGGAGAAAAUGUCAGGGUUUCAAUUGAAAGUUCAAGUAAUGAUACCAUCAAAGGUUAUUUGAUUCAAGCGAGACAAGUUGGAGGAAACACAGCAGUUGGAUCGUUUUCAUCGGCUCCUGCUGGUGGCAAACGUCUGAAUUGUGGCAAUUCCGAGGGUGCCGUUACACAUGAUUUCAGGCUUAACUUGAAGAAAGUAACAUUUGAAUGGGAACCACUAAAGAGUCUUUCUGGAAAUAUUUCGUUCUUUGCAACGGUUGUGAAAAACAAAACUAUGUUCUGGGUAAAACUCGAGUCACCAGAACUCUACAAGAAGGACGUACCUGGCGCAAGUCUGACUGUUCAGUCACCUGUAAUCACAGAAUCGCAGACCACUGUUCCUUCGCAUUCUCAAAAAAUGCAAACAGCAGCUCAAUCGGUUUCAAGAUACAUAUCUCCAAAAGCAAAGGAAACACAAAUCCAAUCAGUCCAAAAAUCCGGAAUCACAAUAUCCGGGUUCAGCAAUUGUCAACAAAUGCCAACAACAUCUCAAGAAAAUGUAAUCCCCUGGCACACAAAAGCUGCAAAGACAUCGAUGUUAACACCAAGAUUGAUAGAAAAUUCAAACCCAGCCUCAAUUAUAUCGACGACGUCAUCACCACGUAUAGCAAAUUUACCCCCUUCACCAAAGGUUGUAUCUUUAGCAUCCAGUUGGCAUCCAGUUAGCUUACAUAACGACACGGGCCCUGGAGUCACAAAGCCCGUAAAGACCUGGAUAUCUACACCAAUACAGAUGGUAGAUUCAACCCCAGCUACAAUUACAUCGAUGCAUGAAGCAAAUUCAACCUCUUCUUUCAGGUUUGCAUCUUCAACACCCACAACAAAUAAAACGUCUUGCCAACACAACGACGACGCGAAGUGCGAUGGAGCUCAGACAAAUCAUGGUGCCAUGUUUAUAUUCUUCUUUGUGUUUACCUUGGUAUUCUGGCAAAAUGCAGUCUGAAUAUAAGUCCAAUUCAGUGACUGUCUAGCCUUUGCACUGGGACCUUAAAUGGAAGUUAUUUUGCAUUUUCUAAUAUUACAAUUGUUAGUAUAUAGUUUACGAGCAGAUGCAUGAGUUUUAAAUCUUUUAAAUCUUUUAAAUGUGAACUGAUAGUCGAGCCCUGCAUGAACCCAGCGUAUUAUUACUUGUAUUCUGCAAACCAUGCUUAUAGUGGAUUUUACACUUAUGAGUGAAACAUCAAAAUUUUUAAUUCCACAAAAACGAGCGCUGAGGGUUGCCAAGGAGCGAUACCGAGUGCAAACAGCUGAAGUACCCAAUACACUAGCACCCAGUACAUUGAGGGUUGAGUAUUCGUCCUCGAAAAGAAAUGUUACAAGGCAGAUUUUACAGUCAGUUAACACGUACAAAAUUUAAGAAGAUUAACGAAACUUUAUCAAAUGCAGAUAUAACGGUUUCCCCCCCCCCCCCAAUACGGUAUAUAGCCAAAAAUGAAUUUUUGUACCUAAACACCUGUAAAAUGGCCUUUUAUAUUAUUGUAUCUUGUAUAGCUGUGAACAUACACAACAUAUGGAUGCAUGCAUGCUUAUUAGAAUUACAAUGCUGCCACAUUAGUCAUAUAGUUGACAUGUUGUGACGCACCACUACGCACGCAAUAUAUUAUCAUUAUACAUGCCGCAACAACUGUACGACUUUGUUUUUGGUGUUUACUGUUGCCUCUCCAUUAUAAAAAUAAAGUUUUAACAACAAUGUGGAAUUUAGUCUUCGCAAUCUUAAUCUCAACUUUAUUUCACGAAAGUCUUGGUUAUUCUUCCGGAGCUCCGUCUUCACAAUGUGGCGACAUGACACCGAAACACGGAGUUAACUCUCGACCGGCAGGAACUAGUCCAUACAGUGUUAAAGUUGAGAAACCUUAUUAUAUGCCAGGAGAAAAUGUCAGGGUUUCCAUUGAAAGUUCAAGUAAUGAUACCAUCAAAGGUUAUUUGAUUCAAGCAAGACAAGUUGGAGGAAACACAGCAGUUGGAUCCUUUUCAUCGGCUCCUGCUGAUGGCAAACUUCUGAAUUGUGGCAAUGUUAAGGGUGCCGUUACACACAGUACUGGACUAAAAAACGUAAGGACCGUGAACUUUGAAUGGCAACCAUCACCAGGUCUUUCUGGAAAUAUUUCGUUUUUUGCCACGGUUGUAAAAGAGAAGACGGUAUUCUGGGUAAAACUGGAGUCACCAAAAAUAUAUAAGAAAAUGGCUGGACUAACCCCAAGUCAGACUAUCUUUUAUUCGUCUCAAACAUCUGUAUCUUUGAUCACAAAGCCGACGAUGAGUGUUUCUACACACACUCAACCUAUGCCGUCUACCUCGGAACAAGAUGAAAGAUCUAGGCGAACCUCCCAACAAAAUGAAAAGUCUAGACCUUCGGAACCAAAGGCAUCUAUGGUCACUUCAACCUUAACCACAGUUGUUUCUUCAACGCCCACAACCAGUAGUACCAGCAUUAUUAAAUCAGUAAAUCAUAGCAUCGUGUCCAUGAUAUUCAUUGGGUUACUUUUAGUAUUUUGGCAGAAUUAAGUAUUGGGAGCAAGAAACGAACUGAAUUUUCAUUUACACCUUUAUUAUAACUGCACUAACUUUUAUAUUUUUUACGUAUGCAUACUAUAUA